GUCUCCUCCAUCAACCGAGUGCUGCGUAAUCUGGCGGCGCAGAAGGAGCAGCAGAACAGUCACAGUCACCACCACCACCACAGCAGCCAUGCACAGCAGACGGCAGACGCAGUGUACGCCACUGUGGACAAACUUCGCAUUCUCAAUGGCCAAUCGGCAUGGCCGCGGGCCUCGCCCUGGUCGGCGUACACCGGCGGCGCCAGUGGACCAUUUGGCGGACUGCCACCACCGCCGCCGCACUGUAUGCCAACGGUGCCCGGCGCCGGGGGCGUCGGCAGCGUAGGUGGGGCGGCCAAUGCGGCGAAUGCUGCGGCUGCGGCAGCAGCAGCGGCCGCCGCAGCAGCCGUCGCCAUCGAGAAUGGCAACUCGCUCAAGAAGCACCUGGACUCCGUCGACUCGAGCACCGAGGACUCUUCUCAGCACGACGGCUCCGACGUGGACUCGGCGGCACGGCUACGGCUGAAACGCAAAUUACAGCGCAAUCGAACAUCCUUUACGCCUGAACAAAUCGAGGCACUCGAGAAAGAAUUCGAGCGAACCCACUACCCGGACGUCUUUGCCCGAGAGCGACUGGCCGCCAAGAUCGACUUGCCUGAAGCCCGAAUCCAGGUCUGGUUCAGCAAUCGCCGGGCGAAGUGGAGGCGGGAGGAGAAGCUGCGACACAAUCGACACACUCGGUCCUCCUCAUCGGCGUCCUCCAACGCCGUAGAGCCGCCCAACAACAUUGUCGUCUCGCAGAGUGCAGCGGCGCCGGUCAGUCAGCCACAGUCGGGAGGAAAUGGGGGUGAUCGAAACGGAUCUGAUCGAGGUGGUGGUGGUGGUCAGCACAAUCACAGCUCACAUCAGCAGCAACAGCAGCAGAAUCAACACCAGCAAACAGGCGGCUCCGGUCUCGGCUCACCGGAUCUCCUUCUCGGCGGAACCGGAAGCUCUCUGCUGGACGCCCACCACCACCUCAGCUCGCCCAACCUGCCCUCCUCGGCAAACAGUCCCUCACCGGCAGCGACGGCCAACGCAGUGGCAGCGGCGGCAGCGGCAGCAGCAGCCGCCGCCGCCGUGGCCGUCUCCACUUCCGCUUCCUCUCGUGGAAAUGGAGCAAACAAUGGCAGCGGCAGCAGCAGCAGCGGCCUAGCGCACUCUCUCAGCUCUAACUUUGCUAAUCACGCCUCUCUUUACCACUCUAUUGCUCCUCCGCAGCCAAUGCACUCCAUGGCGGACACGUACAGCUCUAUGGGCAUGUCCUCCUACACGAGCAUGUCCAACAACAUGGCCCACGCGAAUCAGUGUCUGCAGCAGCAGGCAGCCGCCGCCUAUCCCUUCAUGACGCACCACGCCGCCUCCUCGCACAUCAACAGCAACGGAGCAGGUCGAGCAGGCUCUGGGGCAGGAGGUCAUCCCGGAGUGACACACCCCCAUGCUCAUCCAUACGGAGCCAUCGACCCGCUUGGCAGCCUAGGAUCGGCCUAUUCACGUCACCAGAGCUGUCAGUCGGCGGCGGCGCAGAUGCACGCCCAUGCCAUGCAGAACGGCCAGUUCGGCAAUGGGGGCGCCAAUUCCACAGGUCUAAUCUCCCCUGGCGUUNUCCAUACGGAGCCAUCGACCCGCUUGGCAGCCUAG